AUGAUGCGCUGCGUGCUGUACACUGUCCUGCUGCUCUGGCACGCCAGCGGGUGCCUUGCCGCCGAUUCGCAUCGCUGCGCGUUCGACGAGGUGCGGGGGAAGAGUGGCGCAGUGCCGUUUGCGGUUGUUCGAGAGGUGCCUCAAAAGGACCAGGGUGCUUGGCAAGCGUACACGCUCUCUGUGGAGAAGAAAUGGGCGCCGAUUCGUAUCAAGGUGUUUACGGAGGAUAUGGAAGACUCAUUAAGAUAUUGCACAAAGGCCGGAGAGAUGCGUCCGAACUUCCGUGGGCAUCAGGUGCCCUGCCAGGCGGAGGAUGUUCUGACGGAAAUGAAGAGAAAGGCUCUUGUGGAACACACAAUUCCCGCAGCGGUUAAACUCCACACUGAUCGCCUCUCUGUGGAGCCGGUUGUGGGCAGCGUUACUGUGAAGCCGUUUAAGGAACGGACGUGCUCCUUCUUCACCAUCCCCAACGGACACAGCACCAGUGGUGUUUCUGGCGCUGACAUGAUCAUGUACGCUGCUGCAGGGCCAACCGACGGUGCAGCCGCGUGGGCCCUCACCUGUGCCGUGCUCGAAAGCAAGCGUCCGUUUGUAGGUGUCAUGAACAUCGACCCCCGAAACGCGCCUACGAGGCGUUUGACUGUUCGCAUUAUCGCCCACGAGAUUGCACAUGCUCUGGGCUUCGGCUACGACGAGAUGAUGAAACGCGGUAUGGUGACCAGUGAAUCAAAUAAGCGCUGGAAGUUUAAUGUGAAGGUUGUGAGCUCCACCAAAACGAAGGAGAUGACACGGAAGCACUACAACUGCGAAAGCGCCCCAGGAAUGGAGCUUGACAACGAGGGUGGACCAGGCACCUCGAAGUCCCACUGGAAGCGGCGCAACGCGAGGGACGAGUUGAUGUCUCCCAUUACAGAGGCUGGCUACUACACCGCACUGACAAUGGCGGCGUUCGAGGAUAUGUUAUUUUACAAGGCCAAUUCCUUGGUAUUGUGGAAAUGCCUCAUCGUGGCGCCAAGGUCUAGUACUAAAUUCAUUACUUAG